AUGAUGAUGGUUCCACGACGCAGUAAAAGUCAAGAAACGCUCACCACGCUAAUCAAUAGUACCCACGAGACUGCCGCCUCGCGGACAAGCGCCGAUGCCUCGUUCGAUCAAGCGUCACUAGUAUCAUCACAAGAUACGCUAAUCCAACCGACAACCAAGAUAUUCAACCAUCCCAUCUCGCAGUUCCACAACUAUAAAAAAUUACCACUAACUUCAUGCUAUCUACGCCCGGGAAUAACGCUAUAUUCCCCCGAAAAUCAUCCGCAACAACAGCCCUUGUUAACGCGAGAUCCCAAGCUCUUUUCCAACUUGUUCAACUUUACCUCGCCAUUCCUCGCCAUUGAGACCCCCACCAAGCAGCAAUACUGCCGCUGCGACUUUAAAAUCUAUUCCAACCACAUCACGUACUACAUUCUCAACUUCCCCACCACCAAACAAGUCUUGUAUUUAAUCAACAACAAUAGCCAUUAUCCGAGUGUAGAUUUCGCGAUUCACGGCACGCACAUGCGGAUAACCCAAGGGGUAUCGGGCACGUCGACUGCGUUCGCUUCCAAGUCCGGCGUCAUUGAGAUCCACGUGAUGCGCAACGCAGCGGGGAUGUUGACGGAGGGAAUGGUGGUUGAUGACGCCAAGAGGAAAGUCAAGCUUGAUUGUGAGUUGGCGCGGUUGAUCCAGCUGCAGAACAGGCGCGGCAUUGAUGAAGUGAUGAGGCGCGCGCGGGAUAAUGCGGUUGUGAGUGAGCCGCUUGCUGCGUUUGUCGAUCAUGGCGAUAUUAAGGUGAAAGGUGAUGGGGGAAGUUUCGUUGACCAUGGGGUGAUUAAAUUGUGGGAUUAUUUGCUGCUGCUGCCAAAUGAGCCAGAGGGGUUAGAGGGGCACGCUUCAGUGAGCGAGGAGAUGAUGAUGAUUUGCUGUGUCUUGUUGGUGUUGCGGGAGCAAGAGAGCAGGAAGCAUAAAGGCGAUAAGAAAACCGGGGGCUGCCAUGGGUUGUAG